CACACACACACAGACAGUUUACGUCAAUGCGGUACCGAAAAUACUUAUUUGGUACAUCUACACUGAUAAAUAGGAAUAUUGUCAUUCAUGCAAAAGUGCUGCACUAUGGCUUGGUAGCACCUUGCAGCACAACAUGGGGAUCGGGACUCAGCUCUUGCUCCUGCUCUGGAAGAACAUCACUUACCGCAGGAGGAACAAGGUCCAGUUGAUUAUCGAGCUGGUCUGGCCUCUGUUCCUCUUCCUCAUCCUCAUCUCAGUGCGUCACUCUCAUCCUCCCUACAAACAGAGCCAAUGUCAUUUCCCCAACAAGGCACUUCCCUCAGCAGGCACCCUGCCAUGGGUUCAGGGGAUCAUCUGCAACAUCAACAACCCCUGCUUCCACAACCCCACUCAGGGGGAGACCCCAGGCCGGGUGGGCAACUUUGACAACUCCAUACUCUCUCGACUCUUAGUGGACUCGCAGACAAUCCUGUCCUACAGUGGCAACCAGACAGCCUUCUCUGGCUUUCAGGACCUUCUAGAUACUAUACGGAGACUUGGAGAGAGGCCAGGCGCCUGGCCAAAUCUUCCUGUGGGAGAAUACCUGCGAGCCAAUCAGACCUUCUCCAACUUUCUCCUGACCAAUGGCAGCCUGUCUCCCUCUGCCCUAGACCAGCUGUUCAGGGCUCGCCUGAACUUUCAGGUGGUGUCUCUGGCAGGCACUGGGGUGAUGCUGAAGGACAUUGUGUGCAAUGCCACUGUGCUGAGCCAGUUCCUCACUGUAGAUCAAGAGGAUUCUAUGGCGGAGCUGCAGAGCCAGCUCUGUGCCAUCCCAGCCGACACCCUGCAGCAAGCAGAGCAGCUCUUCCUCUCCCAGCUGGACUUCAGCAAGUUCUUCACGAGAGACAGACUGAGGGCCAACGCCGGUGACCUCCGGGUCAUCAGUCAAGCGGUCACCUCCGUGUCCAAGGAGUUGGCAGUACUCAUGGAUGACCUGUCCUCUCUCGCUAGCUUUAGGGAGUUGAACUCGGAGCUGCGUCUGCUCUCGCCAGAGAACCGUUCGACCCUGCCACGGGAGAGCUUCAGGGCCUUCUCCAGGAUUAUGUGUGGCCACCCUGAGGUGGGCGGCGAGAGGAUCCCUUCACUCAACUGGUACGAGGACAACGACAUCAAGUCCUUCCUGGGCAAGAACGGCACUGAGGACAACGACAUGGACAAGGACAACGUCACCACCCCGUACUGUAAAAGCUUGAUCCAGAGCCUGGAGUCCAACCCACUGUCUCGCAUCGUGUGGCGAGGGAUCAAGCCCCUGUUUAUUGGCAAACUGCUGUACACACCAGACACCCCUGCCGUACGCGAUGUCAUGAAAGAGGUGAACAAGACCUUCCAGGACCUGCAGAUCCUAGAGGAGCUGAAUGGUGCCUGGAUGGAGGUGGCACCUGGUAUCAAGACCUACAUGGAGAGUAGUGUGGAGAUACAGCUGCUGCAGGAUCUGCUGAGGCGGCCGGAGGUGGCCGUGUUGGUUAAUCUGCAGCUGGAGAACACUUCCUGGACAGCCAAGCGCAUUGCCCGCUUCUUGUCCACGCCCAAUGAACCCAGGAAAGAAGGAGCGCCCCCUACCUGGCUGGACGUGUACUCCGACCUAAACAACACCAUCACCACUCUGGCUCAAGUUACCCAGUGUUUCUCCCUGAACAAGCUGGAGGGUGCUGCCACAGAGGGACAGAUGAUUGACAGGGCCUUGGAGCUGCUGGAAGAGAGAGAGUUCUGGGCUGGGAUAGUGUUCCUCCUUCCCAACACGUCUUUACCCGGUCUGCCCCCUCAUGUCACCUACAAGAUCCGCAUGGACAUCGACGAUGUCGCACGCACCAACAAGAUCAAGGACAGGUUCUGGGACCCGGGCCCAGCAGCGGACCCCUUCAGUGACAUGCGCUACAUCUGGGGGGGCUUUGUGUACGUACAGGACCUGGUGGAGAGAGCUGUGGCCCGUGUGCUGAGUGGUGUGGAGCAGUACACUGGCCUCUACAUCCAGCAGAUGCCCUACCCCUGCUACGUGGAUGACGUUUUCCUACGCGUGCUGAACCGCUCGCUGCCCCUAUUCAUGACGCUGGCGUGGAUCUACUCGGUGGCCAUGAUCAUCAAGGGCGUGGUGUACGAAAAGGAGGCGCGGCUCAAGGAGACCAUGAGGAUCAUGGGGCUUGGUACAGGCCAGCUGUGGGUCAGCUGGUUCAUCAGCAGCCUGGUGCCCUUCCUGGUCAGCGCCGGYCUCCUCAUUGCUCUGCUCAAGUGGGGGGACAUCCUGCCCUACAGCAACCCGGCUGUGGUGUUCUUCUUCCUGACGGCCUUCGCUACGGCCACCAUCAUGCAGUGUUUCCUCAUCAGCACAUUCUUCUCCCGGGCCAACCUGGCAGCCGCCUGCGGAGGCCUCAUCUACUUCGCCCUCUACCUGCCAUAUGUGCUGUGUGUGGCCUGGAGAGACCACCUCACCACCACACACCGUGUCCUAGCAAGUCUGUUUUCUCCUGUGGCCUUUGGCUUUGGCUGUGAGUAUUUCUCCCAGUACGAGGAACAAGGAGUGGGCAUACAGUGGUUCAACCUGCACUCCAGCCCCAUGGAGGGAGACACCUACAAUUUCACCACUUCCAUAAUCAUGCUGCAUAUCGAUGCAUGUAUCUACGCUCUGGCCACCUGGUACAUUGAAGCUGUUUUCCCAGGUGAAUAUGGGGUGCCCAGGCCAUGGAACUUCGUGUUCAGUUUGAACUAUUGGGGAGGAAUUCCUCUAGAGGCCGGCAUGCCCAUCCCUCCGGCUCCCAGGGGACAGGGAGGAGAUCGCAUCGAAGCCGACCCCUCUCACCUCAUACUCGGUGUGGCCAUCCGCAACCUGGUCAAAAUCUACAAGCAAGGUGCCAAGCUGGCGGUCAACCACCUCAAUCUCAAGUUCUAUGAAGGGCAGAUCACCUCUUUCCUGGGGCACAACGGUGCUGGGAAAACAACCACCAUGUCUAUCCUGACGGGUCUGUUUCCCCCCACGGCUGGGACUGUGUACAUUAAGGGCAUGGACAUCCGCACUGACAUGGACAUCAUCAGGAAGACCCUGGGAGUGUGUCCUCAGCACAAUGUCCUUUUUGACAUUCUGACCGUAGAGGAGCAUGUGUGGUUCUAUGGUCGUCUGAAGGGCCUAUCAGGCGAUGAGGUGAGGAAGGAGUUGGACACUCUCCUGGAGGAUGUGGGCCUGCUGCACAAACGCCACGAACAGACCAGGAACCUGUCUGGUGGUAUGCAGAGGAAGCUGUCGGUGGCCAUAGCAUUUGUGGGGGGUUCGAAGGUGGUGGUCCUGGAUGAGCCCACAGCUGGGGUGGACCCAUACUCCCGUCGAGGCAUUUGGGACCUGCUGCUCAAGUACCGCAAAGAUUGCACCAUCAUCCUCUCCACCCACUACAUGGAUGAGGCUGACCUUCUCGGAGACCGCAUAGCCAUCAUCUCCCAGGGGAAGCUGUGCUGCUGCGGCUCCCCCCUCUUCCUCAAGGCCAAGCUGGGGAUGGGCUACUACCUCACCGUCGUCAAGAAGGAGGGACUGGAUACUCGAACCCCCAGUAGUGCCAGCGCUACCAAACUGCCCCCUGCCACAAAGGACAGCGACUCCUCCAUGAGUGACGACACAGGUCUGGGCAGUGAUGUUAGCGGCUCAGACCUGGCUGCCCUGUUGACCCUGGCACAGCGUCACAUCCCCGGGGCGCGGCUGGUGGAGGACGUGGGGCGUGAGGCGGUCAUCAACCUGCCCCAGAAGUCGGCAGAGGACAGCAGUCUGGCCAUCUUCCUCACAGAGCUUGACAGGAGGCAGGCUGAUCUGGGCAUCACCAGCUACGGCCUGUCUGACACCACCCUGGAGGAGAUCUUUCUGAGAGUGGCUGAGGAGACAGGGGUGGACGUGGACCCAGAGGACAGCCCAGGACAAGCCGACACACCCCAUGGGCAGGGUCAAGGACAGGGCUUGUCUGGAGAGCCAUCUGAGGAUCCAGAGCCCCAGGAGACAGACCUGCUGAGUGGGGAUGGCCAUGGCGGUGUCCCUCUGACCGGUUGGGGUUUGACGUGGCAGCAGUUGCGUGCGCUCUUCAUCAAGAGGUGGCUGUAUGCCCUCCGCAGUCGCAGGGGCUUUUUCGCUCAGAUYGUGCUGCCUGCUGUGUUUGUGUUGAUCGCUCUCCUUUUCAGCCUCAUCGUCCCUCCGUUCGGAAAGUACCCCUCGCUCCAGCUACAGCCCUGGAUGUACGGGGAACAGUACACCUUCUUCAGCAACGAUGCCCCUGGGGAUCCUGCCAUUCAGAAUCUGCUGGAUGCCCUUCUGGACCGGCCUGGAUUUGGAACCAAGUGCAUGGAAAACAGCACGGAUCCUCAGUGUUUGCAGGAGGAGGAAGGCAUGUUCAUGAGGCCCCAGAUUCUCUACUCCACCUGGCAGCUCUUCAACAGGGGCAACUGGACUGCAGACAAGCCAUCUCCUGACUGUGAGUGCAGCUCUGAGGAGGUCCGCAGGAUGCUACCAGAAUGCCCCGAAGGAGCCGGAGGCAUCCCCCCUCCACAGGUCCAGAGAUUGACAGGGGAUAUCCUGCAGAAUAUGACCGGCCGCAAUAUCUCGGACUACCUGGUCAAGACUUACCCUCAGAUAAUGAAGAAAAGCCUAACUUCAGCCACUAAGAAGUGGAUCAAUGAAUUCAGAUAUGGGGGCUUCUCUCUGGGGGGCAGAGGUACUCAGGCUGUCCCACAGGCCUACCAAAUGGAGGACUCAGUCAUGUCUAUACGAUCACGUUACAAAGUGGCACAGAAUAGCUCAUUGGAUCAGCUCCUGGGUCGCCUACCAGAGUUUCUGGGUGGACUGAAUAGUCAGAACAAUGUUAAGGUGUGGUAUAACAACAAGGGUUGGCACGCCAUGGCAUCGUUUGUCAAUGUCAUGAACAAUGGCCUGCUCCGUGCCAGCCUGCCCCCAGGGCCAGAGCGAAUGAAGUAUGGCAUAACCGUCUAUAACCACCCUCUCAACCUCACCAAGGAACAGCUCACUGAAAUUGCCAUGAUGACCACCUCAGUAGAUGUUCUGGUGUCCAUCUGUGUGAUCUUCUCCAUGUCCUUUGUGCCGGCCAGCUUUGUGCUGUUUCUCAUCGAGGAGAGGGUCAGCAAAGCCAAGCACCUUCAGUUUGUCAGCGGAGUCCGGCCCAUUCUCUACUGGCUGGCUAACUUCACCUGGGACAUGCUGAACUAUACAGUCCCGGCCACUAUGGUGGUCCUGAUCUUCAUUUGCUUCCAGCAGCAGUCCUAUGUGUCUGAAACCAACCUCCCUGCUCUGGUCCUGUUGCUCUUGCUUUAUGGCUGGUCUAUCACUCCUCUCAUGUAUCCAGCCUCCUUCCUGUUCAGUGUCCCCAGCACUGCUUAUGUUGUCCUCACCUCAAUCAACCUCUUCAUCGGCAUCAACGGCAGCAUAGCCACCUUUGUCUUGGAGCUGUUCGUAGAUCAGCACUUGAACGAUAUCAACAAGAUCCUAAAGAAAGUCUUCCUGAUCUUCCCCCACUUCUGUCUGGGUCGAGGCCUCAUCGACAUGGCUAAGAACCAGGCUAUGUCGGACGCUUUCCAGAGACUGGGCGCAAAGCAGACCCUGGACCCCCUGGAAUGGGACUUUGUGGGGAAGAACUUGUUUGCCAUGGCUGUGGAGGGUGUUGUGUUCUUUCUCUUCACAAUACUGCUACAGUACAAAUUCUUUGUCAACUGCAGGCCCUGCUCUGAGCCUGAGUUGCCGCCUCUUGGCCCGGAGGACGAGGACAUCGCCAGGGAGAGAGAGAGAGUGAAGAGUGGGAAAGCCCAAGCCGAUAUACUCACCAUGAUGGACCUGAGUAAGGUGUACAAAGCUGGCAAGAAGCCAGCAGUAGAUCGUCUGUGUCUGGGUAUUCCUCGUGGAGAGUGCUUUGGCCUGCUGGGGGUAAAUGGGGCUGGGAAGACCUCCACGUUUCGCAUGCUGACUGGAGACACUGCGAUCACCUAUGGAGAAGCAUUUCUCAGUCAUCACAGUGUGCUGACGGAGAUGGAGCGGGUCCACCAGCUGAUGGGCUACUGCCCCCAGUUUGAUGCCAUCUGCGACCUGCUGACUGGCAGGGAGCACCUGGAGUUCUACGCUAGGCUCCGAGGGGUGCCAGAGGAGUCUGUGGCCAAGGUGGCUCAAUGGGGAGUGAAGAAGCUGGGGCUGACCCAGUACGCAGAGCGAGAGGCCGGAGGCUACAGUGGAGGCAACAAACGCAAACUCUCCACUGCUAUCUCCCUGAUCGGAGCUCCUCCUGUUAUAUUCCUGGAUGAGCCCACCACUGGCAUGGACCCCAAGGCCAAGAGAUUCCUGUGGAACUGCAUCCUGAGCGUCAUCAAGGAGGGAAGGGCCGUUGUUCUCACCUCCCACAGUAUGGAGGAAUGCGAAGCUCUCUGCACACGAAUGGCCAUCAUGGUGAACGGAAGGUUCCAGUGUCUGGGCUCCGUUCAGCACCUUAAGAACAGGUUCGGGGACGGCUACACGAUCGUCCUGCGCCUGUUGGGGACCAAGCCUCCCGAGGAUCCGUGCCCGGUGGACACCUACAUCAAGGGCUCCUUCCCGGGCAUCGAGCUAAAGGAGAGGCACCAGAACGUGCUGCAGUACCAGCUGCCCUCCCACUCCUGCUCCUUGGCGCGGGUCUUCGAUGUGCUUUCCAACAACCAUGAGGAGCUGGGCAUCGCCGACUACUCAGUGUCACAGACCACCCUGGAUCAGGUGUUUGUCAACUUUGCCAAAGAGCAGAGCGAUGACGACCUGCUGAGGGAAGUGACAGUCAACGGUGGGACACCAGCACCUCAACCCAGAAGAGCGGCCCAGCCCACCCAACCAGGGCAGACAGCCAAACCAGCUCAAACAACCAAGCCUCCCCAGUCUGUCAAGUCCUCAGACGGCAGACCCAGAGAGACCAAGCCAAACGGGGUCACGGACAGUGGCAUGGCGAUGACAAGCAGGCCACAGGAGAGGCCCCAGUCGAGCAGGGGAGAGAGCAGGAGAGAGUUAAGUAGUCGGAGGUCAAGCAAAGAAUCGUCCGCCAACGGAUCCAAGGGCACAAGGGAGACUUCAGGCAAUAAGGAUCCGACCAGUCUGUUCCUAGUGGGUAGCAGCACACAAGACAGCAGUGUGUAAAGUUAUUGGGGAACAGCCCCCUUAAUGGACAGACCGGGAGCGCUGUGCCCUCUAGGAGAGGGGGGAAAGUACUACCGGAUAGCUCCUCUAAUUUCUGGGUGUGGUGCCUUGUUCAUUCUCCAUCACAGCUAUACUGUAGUGCUCCAAUACAUCCAAACGAAUUGUAUUUACCUCCAAUUACAUACAUGCACUUUCAUUGGUCAGGUCUUUUGCUUAUUAUUUACUUUUUAUUUGUCAUUUCAAUUUCUAAAUGUUUUGAAAAUGAAUGAUGGAAUAGUGGUAUUCCUCAUGGGUCAAUCAUCUAGUCUUUCAAUAUUUUAGCAUUUGCAUUUUGCCUAAAGCACUUUAACUGAAAAAUGCUGCACAAAAUGAUUAUUACAUUAUCACUGAAGAUGUUCAGGGCAACAAAAUCAUCAAUAUCUUUUCACAUUGGUCUCAUGUUUUGCACAGAGAGAAAAAWAUAUAUUUUUCUGAUGUCCAGUCACGUUUAUUAUUUGAUGCUAAAAACAUGGUUUAUUUGCACUGGCACAACAUUGAGAUGUACAGUUACCAGACUGCAUACCAGACUCCAAACACUGCCUUCAUUAGGUAAACUGUUGUUUUUAUAUAGUUUUUUUAAUCUGUUUUUAAUUGGGCUCAUGUUAUACUGUAUGGAACUUGAAAAAAAAAAAUAUGUAGCUGUAAAUCCAAAGCAGUUUACUACUGAGCUGUACUGCAGUCUGACGUAUUGGAGAGAUACAAUAACUGAUAGGCAUGUGUAGAAUAUCUAUACAUACAAUUGAAUGUAUGGUCUUAUGAUGUACUAUAUUAUGCUUGAACAUUCAUACUUGAUUGUGUGUAUGAUUAUUUAUGUGUACAUACAACUAGAUGUAUACAGAACAUAUAGUAAUAAAUCUUUAAAUGGG